CUUUGACCACUUCCGCCCUCGAGAAGACGGCUCUCCCGGAGUUGGUAGAAAUGGAACGGCGCAUGCGCACUCAGGGAACUCCGCGCAAAAUCGCUUACAAAAUCUCUUCCAAUAAAAACUUUAAGAAUGGAAUGUGAGAAUGGUAGUGGUUGGUCCAGAAAAAAAGUAAUUUUGAGGCCUAAUUUGAUUGUGACGCAGUCGAAAUUAGCUUCUUCCCCUUCCCCCCCGCCUGGCCCCCUUCUACACUUCCGCCCUGACGCAAACGCGCAGCUGCCUUCCGCACUGCGGGUUGCCCUUUGGCCCUAGCCGAGCAGGUUUCCUGGAGCAUGCGCAGUCCCCUUUCCGGGCGAUCCUGCUGGGGGCCUGCGUCAAGAUGGCGGCGUCCAUACUGAACACGCUGCUGAGGCGGUUUCCCAGCGUUUCGCCUUUCAGAAGUGCCUAUGGAGUUCAGGUUCCCUUCCAGACUCUUUGCACCAAAGCCCCCCCUGAGAAAGAUUCUUUGCCCACUCUUCCCAUUUCCCCUUAUAAGGAUGAACCCUGGAAAUACCUGGACUCAGAAGAAUACCAGAACCGCUAUGGUUCUCGCCCCGUCUGGGCUGAUUACCGCCGCAACCACAAAGGUGGUAUACCCCCGCAGCGGACUCGAAAGACAUGUAUUCGUAAGAAUAAGGUUGCUGGGAACCCCUGCCCCAUCUGUCGGGAUCACAAGCUGCAUGUUGACUUCAGGAAUGUGAAGCUUCUGGAACAAUUUGUGUGUGCCCACACGGGAAUCAUCUUCCAUGCGCUGUACACAGGAGUCUGUAUGAAGCAGCACAAGAAGUUGACCGAGGCUAUCCAGAAAUCCAGAGAUCAUGGUCUCCUCAGUUACCACAUUCCCCAGGUUGAGCCCCGGGACCUCGACUUCAGUACCUCUCAUGGAGCUGUGAGCACUACUCCGCCGGCCCCCAGCCUGGUUGCUGGUGAGCCCUGGUAUCCGUGGUACAGCUGGAAACAACCACCUGAAAGAGAACUGUCCCGCCUGCGGCGGAUCUAUCAGGGCCACCUCCGGGAAGAAAGUGGCCCCCCGCCUGCGUCAAUGCCCAUGGUGCCUCCUACUGCCCCGGCUGGAACCGACUCCAGUGAGCAUUCGGGCUCCCAGAGUGCUCCCUAGAGCCUGCACAUGGGGAAGGAAGCCUGAGGGAUAAGGAGGGAGUGCCUAGGACCGCGUACCUGGAGGUCACCCUGAGAAGUGCUGUCUGUCCUGUGCCUUUACCAAGCCCAGGAGCAAAUGAUUGUUCAUGAAGGGAUAAAUACAUCAGGGGCUGAGGGAGGUCAGAACACAUGUUUGCUGGAAACUGUCACCUCUGUGUUGCAAAUAAGUGGGCUCAACACUGGGCUGCUGU